AUGUCGCGAACACUUUUACUGUGCUUUAUCCAUGGGUUCAAGGGAAAUGAUGACAGCUUCGGCCAUUUUCCAGAGGACCUGAAACGGACUGUGAGCAGCGAACUGCCCGACCACAGAGUUGAGUCGGUGGUGUAUCCUAAAUAUGCGACAAAAGGAGAGCUGGUUGAAGCCAGCGGUAAUUUCUUGGAAUGGCUCAGAGGGAGAGUGAUGGAAAUUAGAAAAGCCCAGACCGAGAAGCCAUGGCCACCAAACGAUAGACAAGUGGGCGUUAUACUACCACUACAAGCUCUCAACACACCACAUGGCUUUGUCGCCAGCGACGCCCUCUUCCAGCUUCUUAACGAGCGCGCCACGGCAGACAACCCCGAUACGCCCCUGUUCCCGUUGAUCCAGGGCAUCCUGUCCUUCGAUACCCCUCUCAACGGUCUCGCCCGCUCCCUCUUCGUCUACGGCGCCUUCUCUAACUACCAAAAAGUCUCGAGCGUCUGGAACGUCAUGACGGCCCUCUCUGCUGCGCCAGCUGGUCUUGGCAUGGCUCUGAAGCGCGGCGCCCGCUCCCUUCCCGGCCCAGUAUCCCGCUCCACGGGCGCCGGUGCUGUUGCCGGCCCAGCAGCGUGGAAAACCUGGCAGAUGGUGGCAGUUCGCACGGGCACAGUGGGUGCGAUUGCAGCAGGCGGCGUGGCAGCGUAUGUGCACCGCGAACAACUGAAGGAGGCAGCGCAGAAGGCACGCACUCUGCGCCGGCAGGACCUUGUCGACGGGUAUCAGCAGGGCGUGGAUCGCCUGGGCCAGGGGCUCGCCUAUGUCAACCGUGGCAAUGUCGGGCAGUCUUUUGCCUGGCUGAGCGACCACUUCACUUUUGUGGGGGUGCUGAUGAAGCAGCAGGAGCUGGGAAAGCGACUCGAGAGGCUGGCGGCCCUGCAGGGUGUCGGUGUGCACGAUAUCUAUGCGUCUAUGGGCGAGAAUGGGUACUGGAGCGGUGGAUACUUUGUUCCCGAGAGGACAUUCUGUGCCGUUCCCGCAGAGGACCAGCCAGCCAGCAACUUGUUCUCAAGGCACGUCGUCAAGAAUGCGGGUGACGAGAUCCAGGCGCACAUGAGCAUGUUCCAGACGGACAAGAACGAGGACUACCAAUCCAUGGUGGACAAGGCGGGCAAGCUCGUCGUCACCUGGUUCAACGAUGAUUCCAAGAUCGUUGACGAUCCCAAGAUCACACAGCCCGAGCCAGUUGGGUCUCCAGAGGACAAGAUCAAGGCCACAGAUGAGGGCGUGGAGCUGGAAGGUCAGGAGGAGGCUAUUGGCGAGAAGACGGAGGCGGAAGGGUCUGCUGAAGACAACGAACUGCCGGACGAGUCACCGCUCGAUAUUGCCGCCGCGGCUUCUCUAGUCCCUCUCCCAGAGGACGGUCAGGAGGUCCCGGGCGAGGAGGAGCUCAAGGACAAGCAGAGCUACAUGAAGUACCUCAUGGGCAUCGCACAAAACGCUGGUACCGGAGUGUCACAGGCCGGCUCGUCUGUCAAAGGUUACAUCCCCACGAAGCUGCCUACCAUCUCGACACCCAGCAUGCCGUCCAUGCCGAGCAUGAGUAUGCCCAAGGUCAGCUUAUUCUCCAAGAAGGAGAAGCCGGCUGUCCCGUCGGAGGAUGCUACUGCCCAAGCAGCUGGUAAGCAGGCGCAGCCACAGGAACAGGAAACAGAAUCGCAGGCUGAGGGUGAUGAGGCGGUGGUGGUGGAAAAGCCCGUGGUGGCGGCUGCUGAAUCAACCGAGAAGAAGGAGGAGGAAGAAGAAGAGAAGAAUGUGGUUGCAGCAAAGCCCGAGUCUGAUACCCAGGGAAAAUAG